AUCUAAUAGCUAUGAUACUACAACUCCCAGACCAGACAGUGCUAGUAGUGUUAGUCUAUGUAGAGGGAAACAGUGAGGAAGUAUUGACAUCCGCUAUUAGAUUGCUACGCAGCCUAGUAGCGGAUAUCCAGGGUAGGGGAGGAAUAUGGAUAGAUGUGUUGAUAAUAGGAGACUUCAAUAGGCAUAACCAACUCUGGGGAGGAGAUGAGAUAUCUUCUGCAAGACAGAGAGAGGCCGAUAAUCUGAUUAACUAUAUGAGCGAAAACUCUCUACACAGCCUCCUACCUAGAGGCACAAAAAUAUGGCAAUUAGGGGAUAGAGAGAUAAUAAUCGACUUAGUUCUAGCAUUAAUAGAGCUAGCAGAAGAGAUGAUACAGUGUAGUAUACACUAUAUAAAUCAUGGAUCAGAUUAUCAAGUAAUUGAGACGGAGUUUGAUAUAUCAGUUCUAGAUCGACCA